AUGGCGAUGGCCAGUGAGGUGUUCAGGCCUAAUUUGCCCGAAAGUUUUGAGCUUUCUGCUGAUUCUCAGAUGGGUUCUGGGGAGCUGCAUGUUCUUGCCGUGGAUGAUAGCCACGUCGACCGGAAGGUCAUUGAGAGGUUGCUAAAAAUAUCAUCUUGCAAAGUGACGGCUGUUGACAGCGGGACAAGAGCUCUGCAGUAUCUAGGAUUGGAUGGGGAGAAGAGUUCUGUUGGAUUUGAUGCUAUGAAGGUGAAUCUAAUAAUAACAGACUACUCAAUGCCUGGGAUGACCGGAUAUGAGUUGCUGAAGAAGAUCAAGGAAUCUUCAGCUUUUAGAGAAGUUCCGGUGGUGAUCAUGUCAUCAGAAAACAUCCUGACCCGAAUUGAUAGAUGUUUGGAGGAAGGAGCUGAGGAGUACAUAUUGAAACCAGUGAAGCUUUCAGAUGUGAACCGCUUGAAACAUUUCAUGAUGGGAGGAGGAGAAAGAAGAGAAAGUGAAGAGAAGAAGAUUCACAAGAGAACAUUUCAAGUUGACUACAAUGCAUCAUCACCUCCCUCUCCUUUACCGCAACUGUCUCCUUCGUUUGCUUGCAGUCUAGCAUCAUCUCAGCUACCGUCUUCAUCGCCAUCAUCGCCCGCGACACGGUUUUCGUCAAAGAGACCUAGAUUGCACAAGACAGAUUGA